AUGGAGAGCGGCGUUGCAGCGGAGUCGUGCCGACUUCAAUGGGCGAAGGCUCGUGGCCAUCCUCUCCUGGAUGCGACCAGGCACAGCCUGGCUGUGUCUCUGAGUGGUGGAGUCCUUGAGCUUGUCGACGUUGCCCUCUGGGAGGCCUCCGAUUCAUCGGACUCUGUCCCUUUGGAGUUUCUGUUCACGGGCGUGCCCAGCGACGUGGACGAGGGCAAGCUAGCCUUGGCGCUGACCGAAAAGCUGCAAGAGCGGCUGCAGGAGGAGCGCAGGGCGGAGUUUCGAUCACAGCUGAAGAAGCGUCAGGAGUCCUCGCUGCGGCGGCGCAAGGCAGGCCCUGAAGAAGGCGGAGACGGCGCAGAGGAACAGUGGAGAAGCUACCUGCGGAAGCCCGCGCCAGAAGUGAAGCUCAAAGUGCAGAGCGUGUUCGAUGCUGGUACGCGUGUCCGGAAAGUCUUGGGCUGCCGCGUUCUGGUGUCCCCAGAGGCUGCGAAUGAUCUGGGAAAGAUCUGCUUUCGCCACAUCUUCGAGUCCGAGGAAGAGGAGAAGGAGAGGCUAUGGCAGCUCCAGUGGUAUGAGGAUCCUUUUCUCGUGUGCUUCUACAGCUGCUCCUGUGUGCUUCUGGUGGUGAUGCUGCUUUGGCUCGCGAUGCUGUUGCCCGCGAUAUUGCGGCAAAGCUAG